GUGAGUUCCUUCGUCGAGACGGAGGACUCGGUUGUGGGCAGUCCUAGCUCCCGACGACGACGGCGAGGACGACGAGGUCGAGGACUCGUCCGCGACCGAGUCGGACCGACUCUCGCGGCUGUACAGACGCGGGGCUCCGUAGCGUUUUGUUUUCCAAUUAGACGUAACGGGCUACUGGGAAGCUCGAAAAACGAAAAAACACGCGCGGGAGUGCGUAUUUUCGAAUUUUCGUGCACGUGUGUAAAUAAGUGCAUAUUUAUACGGAAAAAUGAUGAUGAUGAUGAUAAUAAUAAUAAUACAGAAACGUAAAUAAAUAAAGGAAAAUCAGCUGUGAACGGUAAACAUGAGAAUAUCGAGAAUCGACUGUCUCCAAGGAUUUUCACAGCUUCCAACGAGGCAUUGAUCUCUCAAAAAAUAUCCAAUAAAUCCAUAGUUCGAUCGGCCUGAUAAUAAUUAACGAAAAAAACAGCAAUUCCGCUGAAUAUUGUUGCCAGUUAAACGUUAUAAAUCGCCAAUAUAUCGUGGUUAUGAAAAAAUCGUAAAUAAGUAGAAUAGAGUGAGAAGAUGUGAUCGAGUUUUUCUCAUGACAUGGUCUUGUCCCGAUAGAGACAAUGUGACUGCCUAAAUAAUCGUUACAAUUGGCGCUCCCAAAAAGGAAGAGAAUGCCACCCCUUAUCGUACUUCCGCUUACCAAAUUGACGGAAGCUUCAGAUAAACACAUUCGAUCGGAGCAGCGUACGGUCGAGGGAUAGUCGCUCGGUCCACGUGUUCUUCGCUAAACAUAUACACGAAAAUAAUAAAUGAAAUAACGAGCGUCAUUGGCAGUCGUUUGAACGCAGUUGCAGCAUCGAAUAUUCUCGAUCAAUGGUUGCAAUCAGUGCCGCAGUCCAAGGAAUUCCAACGGUUCGCUUUACUUCUUCAUUUUUUCCACGCCCACAGACAGACUUUUAACCGAAAGGAGAUUGAAUUUUCACUCGUUCAUUUGCGGAACAAUGCACGUGUCGUGCACCACCACCGCCGCGGAUAAAGACAAUCAGUACGAAGCUUACACGUGCAUUGGGAUAUGCUCGAAUCUCAUCCCAUCAACGAGGUAGUGUUUCGUGGCGGGAUCAAAGUGCGGGAUGGAAAAACUCUACUCAUUGGCAGCAUCCCGAACGUCGAGCAUCAAAACGGUGGACUGCGGCUAAGAACAUGGCUCAUUGGAGUUUUGUUGUUUCUGGUGGCAUCCCUCUUGUUUUUGAACACCUUCAUCACCGGACAAUUUCGACUGGCACAUCUCAUCAACGCAACAGCAUUACGAAAUAGUAUCGUAGAUCAACCGAUUCGUUUGGUCAGCCCAAAAAUAUCGGGUUACUUGGUCAACAACAAGGGAUGUCGGAUCGCUGCUUUGGACCCAUUCGAUCCGAUUAGUCGACGUUUCAUCGAAAUUGAGAAACCUUUCGAAUGCGAAAAUGGCACUCAGUUUCCUCUCAUCGAAUCCAACGAGACUGCCAUUUACGUAAACCUCUCGGCACAAUAUCACUAUUACAACAAAUCGGAAAGCCCUAAUUGUUGUUGGACUUCGUUUACUCGUAAAGCUGGUCAGGAUAACGCCGUUACAUUCGAAAAUAGGUGUCACAGUUUUGAGGGAUCAGCGAGGAUCGAAGUGGAGUUUGUAAAAGUAGAAUGCUUUCGAGAGAAACAGCAGAUCUAUCGUGACUACCAUGCCUUUUUACCACGGAAGAAUAAAACGGAAAAGAGAUGCGAAUACUUGGACAAAAAGUUGGAAGAUCGUCUGAGCGUGUUGAUCGUUGGUUUGGACGCGGUAUCGCGCUUAAAUUUUCACCGUAUGAUGCCAAAAACGGUGAAAGCAUUGAAGAGACUCGAUGCGAUCGAGCUGCUAGGUUACAACAAAGUGGGCGACAAUACAUACCCGAAUCUGGUGCCAGUGCUCUGUGGCUUGUCAUCGAAAGAGUUGGAGACUGCUUAUAUGGGUAAUAAUAAAAAAAAACCAUACGAUGACGGGCCGUUUAUAUGGAAAAAUUACAGUGAAUCGGGGUAUCGGACAAUAUUCGGUGAGGACGCGUGUUCAAUGACGACCUUCAAUUAUUUGAAGCCAGGAUUUCGUAAUCCACCAACGGACUAUUAUCUUCGUCCUUACUGCGUGGCAGCGGAGUCUGACAUCGGGAACAACCACAAACUGAACGCGAAUCUGUGUCUGGGUGGUAGAAAGAAUUUCGAAAGUUUACUCCAGUAUACGAGCAAAGUGGCGAAAGAAUUUGUGAGCAAGCGUUACUUCGGGUUCUUCUGGCAAGCGAGUUUGACUCACGAUUUUUUGAAUUAUCCACAACUAGGAGACGUCGCUUAUAGCUCGUUCUUCCGGUCCCUCGGCGACGACAAAUUGUUGAAUAAUACAGUGCUCGUAGUGAUGAGCGAUCAUGGAAUGCGGUGGGGAAGUUAUCGUCAAACUUACCAAGGCAGAAUGGAGGGAAGUUUGCCAUUCGUUUUUUUCGUCUUCCCCGAUUGGUGGAAGCUCAAGUAUUCCAAGGCAAUAACCAAUCUGCGCAGAAACACCGUCAGUCUCACCACACCUUACGAUCUCCACGAAACUCUCAUUGAUAUUUUGACGCCCGAUAACCUAAGCGAAGAAUCGAUGCUUAGGCGCAAUAGACUCAUGCACGCGGCCAGCCUGCCUCGGGGCAUCAGCAUGUUCUCGCCCAUACCGGAUUAUCGAACUUGCUCAAUGGCCGAUAUAUCCGAGCACUGGUGCAUGUGCCACACCAGUAACAGCGUUUCCCUCAACGACACCAGGGUCCACAACGCAACGAGCUAUUUGAUCGAGCAAGUGAACGCACUCGUGAAAAAUUAUCCUCAGUGCUCGUUUCUCAAGCUUAAAAAAUUGAAGGACGCCAAAAUGUGGAUCGGCAGCUCGGAGGAACCCGGCGAAGACAUAAAAGACGCGCCCUGGAUCGAUUUCACUAUAACCGUCGCCACCGAACCCGGCGGUGCCAUCUUCGAAGCUUCCAUUAGACACAAUGCAACCAGCAACAAACUCGUCGGCCCUAUCAGCCGGCUGAACGCCUACGGUACUCAGAGCGCCUGUGUCGAUGACUUCAACACGCGUCUUUAUUGCUAUUGUUACUGAUUUACUCACGAGCUACCAAACAAUAACAUAUCCGCCGACUAAUGUAUAAAAUAUGUGAUAUUUUGUAGAAUUUCGAAUAAAUGUUGAGUAUUUCUCGUUA